AAUCUGUCAUCUUCCCACACAAAUAGAUUCCGGCCGCCCAUCAUCAUGGACGGCGUGGGCGACGUCGACGACGAGUGGGUUUGGCCCACGAGCCUCAUGGAAGCCCGGCAGAUGGAGGGCUUCCUGCGCUGCCAGGUUUGCGGCGACUACAUGAGCGGCCCGGUUCUCCUUAGCAACUGCCGCCACUGCUUUUGCUCCGAGUGCAUUCGCAAGCACCUCCUCGCGCGGGGCACGGGUGGCAAUUGCCCCGAGUGCAAGCAAGAUUGCUCGCCUGGCGACUUGGUACCGAACCGGCCGCUGGAGCAGAUCAUCAACCUCUUCCGCGCGCUCAAGCCCAAAGUGCUGCGCCUCGCCGAGGGAGCACCACUCGAGACGGCCAACGCGCCGACGACGCCGACCAAGACGACGCAGGCCAAGCCCGGCGACAGCGCAACCAAGCGCGUGCCCGUUGUUUCGUACAACAUCAUGAAGGAUGCUGAAAUCCGCAAGCACCUCGAAGCCGCGGGCCUCGGCAGCAUCCGCGGUCCUCGGGACGUGCUCGUUGCCACACACAAGGAGUAUACGAUGCUCUGCAACGCACAGCUCGAUACGCUGCACCCCAAGACACCGGAUGAGAUCCGCCGCCAAAUCCUCGCCACAUACAAAUUACGCAACAGCGAAAAGUCGCAAAUGGCCUCGACCAAGCGGGCGCUCGGGCUCCGGCACGACGAGCCGAUUGAGAAGGCGAUCACGUCGUCGUCGGCGCUCAACGACAACUUUCGCAAGCUCGCCGAGCAGAUCAAGGCGCAAAAAGCGGCCAAGAAGGGCCAACCACCAACGACACCAUCGGCGAGCGGCCACGACGCACCCGCCAGCGACACAAUCGUCCCGACGCCGUCCCCACCGGCCACGCUGCUGUCACCGACGCCACGCACGACGUCGCACACGUCAGCGUCGCCCGUCCAGAACGCGUUUUACCCCGACGCUGAGGAAAAGCCUGCGCAUCCGGUGCUCCAGGCCGACGGGGCGCCGCGGUACCUGGCGCGGGACCCCGUCCCGUCCAAGAGCCUCUUUAGCGCACCGACGAGCGGGACGUGGCGCCAAGUGUUUCUCGACAGCACGCAGCAGCACGUCUACGUCCACACGAGCACCCAAGAGAUCCGCACCGAAGCGCCACCGAGUGUCGCGCCGGCCAAGAGCGUAGCGCACUCUGUUGCCAAGAGCAUGACGCCGAUCGUGGCCAUGAAGCGGCCCGUGGAGGUCGCUGCGAGCACGGUCCAGUGGGCGUGCCCACGCUGCACGCUGGUCAACGACAUGCACAUCGACGAGUGCUUGGCCUGCGGCGGCCCCAACUCCAAGAAACGCCCCAAGCGGGUCGUACAAAAGAAGCUGGGCUAAGCUCCUAUCACGAAUGAAUCUUAUCGUCCUGUGUUGAUGGACAAUAUUACGGUUGAUGGACAAUAUUACGGUUGA